CUCUCCACAAAACUCACUAUGCUAUCUCCCAGAAAUACUUACUAGUACCUAUAAUACUAGUCAUCAUGACAGGGCCCUAUGUGCUCGUUGACCAGCGCAUUGCCAGAUGACUCCUCGUUUUGCUCAGGCAUUCCUUCAGCGAGCCCAUUCCGCUUCCCACCAUGUAGGAUUGACUCAUUCUGCAACCAAUUCCCGUGCGGUUGGCCAUAAUCGACCAUUUAUAACCUGGAGAGGAACCACCUCUAUAGGCCUUUUCAAAAAAUUACUUUGUCUCACACAAUCACUCUGCCGUCCUAUGCCAUUUCGAGAGAAAAGUCCAUCCCUCCCACAAGAACGACCUACCAAGCGAAGACGGAUUUUAGGGACUUUCACAAAUCAGGCAACCCAGAGAGUCAUGUCUGAAGAGAGGAAUAUGGCCCCACCGGCCGUCCCCCGAAUAACACUUACGCCCAUCGAGCAAACUUUGCGAUUAUGUCUACUAGAUGCGGCGGAGUUCAUCCAGCAACGGGGCAACCAAGAUCCCGCUUCAGUGCCAACAACGCCCGACCCACUAGUUCUACGGUUUGCUGGAGGAUGGGUGCGGGACAAACUUCUCGGGGUUGACAGUCAUGACAUCGAUGUAGCAAUAAACUGCAUGACGGGGGAAAGAUUCGGGGAAGGGUUGAAAGAGUACCUGGAUAUGCCCGGAAACCUCGAAAAAUACAAGGCGUGCCAUUCUGGAAACCCGUCUAUUAUCGAUUUCAUCAAGAUUCAUAAGAUUGAGAAGAAUCCUGAGAAAUCAAAACACCUUGAAACUGCCACUACAAAAAUAUUUGGCCUGGAUAUUGAUUUGGUAAAUCUGCGCAAGGAAACGUAUUCUGACGAUAGCCGCAAUCCCCAGAUCGAAAUAGGUACCCCAGAAGAGGAUGCGCUUCGUCGGGAUGCUACUGUGAAUGCAUUAUUUUACAAUAUUCAUACGGACACGAUUGAAGAUUUUACAGGCAAGGGAUUACAAGAUAUGGAAAAUAAAAUCAUACGUACACCGUUGGCUCCCUAUCAAACUUUUAAAGAUGAUCCACUCCGAGUUCUGCGGUUGAUACGCUUCGCAAGCAGAUUGGGUUACACUAUCGACAGCGACACAGAAGAGGCUAUGAAAAUUGAGGAUAUUAAAGUUGCUCUAAAAGCAAAAAUUACCCAAGAAAGGAUUGGUGUAGAGAUGGAGAAAACCUUACGAGGACCCGAUCCUUUAACCGCUCUGCAAAGAAUCAACCGACUAGGCCUAUACGACACUAUUUUUGCCAACCAUCAAGAUAAUGCCGGAGUUGAUACAUCACACUGGGAAAGGGGUUACAAUGCCCUCGCGCUCCUGUUAAGCAAGUCGACUGGAAAUAUGACCGAGUCGCAGAAGACGCGAAAACAUGUCCGAGAUAUCCUUAUCCGCAAUGAAAACGAAAGAUAUUUUGCUUGGUUUCUUGCUGCGCUUGCCCCGUGGACCAUUGUUGCAGACCCAAAGCCGUCCAAAUCCUCAAAGCCUCCAGUGCCACGCGCUACAACCGUGGCUAGAGAUAGUCUCCGUGCAGAUAACAGGGCUGCUGGUAUUAUCUCUGCAGCCUCCAAGAACUAUCGGAUGAUCUGGGAUAUCAAAUCAUCUUUUCUCAAGAACGAAAUCGCCGAUACUCCUGCUGAGAUGCGUGUGAAAAUGGGACAGUUCAUCCGCAGUCUGUCUCAUGACUGGCGAUUAUGUUUCGUACUUGCUAUGCUCCUUGAAGUUAUGCAGAGGCAAGAAGCAGAUCAAGUAUUUUACAGCUAUGGGAAAUUGCUUUCGUACAUUGAAGAGAGCAAUCUUCUCGACGUGUGCUCCCUGCGCACACCUAUCAAUGGAAGGGACAUCAUCAACGCUCUCAGCGUGAAGACGGGACCAUGGAUGACUAGGGCCCUGGAUAUGUAUCGCGCUGUAGCUUCCAAGAGCCUAAAGGAGGUUGAUGACGGAGCUAAGUAUCAUAUUGAUACAUCUCAGAUCAAGUCUGAUAUUCGCCUGCGAGACUUAUGGGCUGAAAUCAGUGCAAGUUCACCUUCUGGUACCACUAUAAAGCAAUGCGAAGAUCUGCUCCUUGUGGAAGCUGUGUUGAGGGCUACCAAACAGUCUGGCGCUCUGCAAAGGGAAGAUCUAGAGGCAGCAAGAUUCCUCAUUUUCUGGACUGCCAAUGCUGUUCUACCGACUGAAGAUUUCACUAGCUCUUGGGAGAACGCGCAACUUGCCGACGACACAAAGCCGUCCCAGCCGAAAACAUAUAAGCUCAGUCGACUAAGGUCGAGUGUUGGGGUUUCAGUCUUAGCACUUCUCAAUUCGAUCAGUCCUAUCAGCAAUCUUGAAGGUGACGAUGGAAUUGAUGUCAUCACCUCCAUAGCCGCUUUCACUUGUAGGCUGGAUCCUUGGACAACGGAGCAGGCGUUUGAUGAUGCCUCAACUAUUCUUCAAAAUUAUGAGUCGUUUCUUCGCUCAAAUAGGAGAGAGGAACUGACUGCUGUUCUGGAAAAUAUUCUAAGAAAGAAAGUGAAACCACUGUUUUCGAAGACGAAAACGCUCGCGGUGACAGCCGCAGGAAGGAAGAGUGUCCACCCUAUUCCACAGCCCAGAUUUGACCCUAGUAUUUUUGACCCAGAGUCCAAGCCGUGGAAGUUUAGAUAUGUGUAUAUCAUUACGGUGCUUUCUUGGAUUAUUGAAAGAUAUUCGCCAUCCGACAAGCUCUCACUUGAAUCACAAUUCCCUCUCCUCGUCCCCGCCAUCCUAUCCCUGAUAGAUGACGAGAACCUCUCUUUCAAGGCGAAAGGCUGCGAGCUGCUCUUGAAAUUCCUAGCCCCGCUUGAGGAGUCGAACUCUGACGUACUCCGGCGCACAAACCUGGAUUCCGUGUUCCAAGAAGCCCUUUACCCUUGCCUCCUUUCCAUUCCUACGAUCACUCCUGAGGCCGAAUCUAUCCACCUUCUUCAAUAUGCCUACCCAGCACUUUUUGCCGUCAUCCGCACCCGCUUCUCUUCACCCAAAGUUCCAUCUGCACCAACGCCACUGAGGCCGUCCCAAACUAAAGUGAAGCACGAUCCCGAUUCCCAAAAGCAUAUAGGUAUAUGUGCCAGUGGUGAUGGCGACGGUGGUGGUGGCGGUGGCGGACAGAGGGCUGUUUUGCUGCAGUUACAGUGUGCGCUUAAGGUUGUAGUUGCAGUUUUAAGGAUUGCGAUCGGGGGGAAUGUGGUUGUGGCUGCAGAGGAGGGAGGUAAUGGAACAGGAGGACGGGAUGGAGACCAGGGAAGGGAGGAAGAAAUUAUUGAUGUAGAUCGCGAAUUUGGGAAGUUGGUUCAGGGAGAUGACAGGUUGCGUGAAUUGUUAAUUGGUAAUGAGUAUUUCGAUGCCCAAUAG